GUCAGUCUGGGCAGGGAGGAUCUCUAAUGCUAAUGUAUCCUAUUGGUCGCCUCAACCAAUGUAAACAUGUAGCCGUUUCAUCUCUCUAAACUUAUUGCUGUUAAGCACUUCUUUCUUAUCGGUAACGAGUUCGUCAGUAGUCUGCAUAAUGAUGGCUGUGUUGCUGGAAAUAUUGGUUUCAGAACCAGGGCAGUGCAGCGUUAGCUUGGCGACUAGCUAACGCUGAAUAGCUAACUGUCGUGGUCGUGUUUGUAUGAGGCUGGCCUUGCUAAUUAGACGGCUAGCUUCCAGUUGGCAAGUAAGAAGGGAUAAAUCGAGUUUAGCCAGACAAAGGAUGGCAAGUAAUGUUAUCUAACAAGGACACAUCAAGAAGUGGAGAAAGAAAAUGAAGAAAUCUAGAAGUGCUGGUGCCUCGUCACCAGUGAAUGGAAAACAAGGUAACGACUGGGACACCAGGCGGAAGAGGAAAAUUGCGGACAUCACGCAGGCCCUGAGCGUGAGCCCAGUGGAUGUAGCAGCUCUGAGGAGGAUGGCUAUCAGUGAAGGAGGACUGCUGACUGAUGAGAUACGCUGUCAAGUGUGGCCUCGGCUUCUCAAUGUGCCCCUUGAAGUCCUGGAUCAGGAGCCAGAGACUGUGGAGCGAGAGAAUAACAAGGACUACAACCAGGUCCUGCUGGAUGUCCAACGCUCACUGAGGAGGUUCCCACCUGGUAUGCCAGACGAGCAGAGGGAGGGUCUCCAGGAAGAGCUAAUUGACAUCAUCCUCAGAGUUCUGAAACGUAAUCCCCAGCUGCACUACUACCAGGGAUACCAUGAUAUUGUUGUCACCUUCUUAUUGGUCCUGGGGGAGCGCCUUGCAACUGCUCUUGUGGAAAAGCUCUCCACACAUCAUCUCAGGGACUUCAUGGAUCCCACCAUGGACAACACAAAACAUAUUCUUAACUAUUUGAUGCCCAUCAUUGAGAGGGUCAACCCAGAGGUGCACGACUUCAUGGAACAGGCUGAGGUGGGUACAGUCUUCGCUCUUAGUUGGCUGAUCACCUGGUUUGGCCACGUCCUUUCAGACUUCCGUCAUGUUGUCCGGUUGUAUGACUUCUUCUUGGCCUGCCAUCCACUAAUGCCCAUCUACUUUGCUGCUGUGAUUGUACUGUACAGAGAAGAGGAGGUUUUGGAGUGUGAAUGCGACAUGGCCAUGGUUCAUCACCUGCUGUCUCAGAUUCCCCAGGACCUGCCGUAUGAGACACUCAUCAGCCGAGCAGGAGACCUUUUCGUCCAGUUUCCUCCUUCUGAACUGGCUAAAGAGGCAGCCUCACAUGACAGCAUGGCAACCUCUACCUUUAAGGACUUUGAUCUUGCGUCCACUCAACAGCGACCAGACUCUGUUCUCCGUCGGCGACGCAGGCAAAAACAGGCUGCGCUUGAGAGCUCAGCAUCCAGCUCGGUAGUAGCAGUGGCUCAGCCUUCAGCAGCACGGCGGUUUGUGCGACUGGCUGUCAUGGGUCUGACGGUGGCUCUAGGAGCAGCAGCUCUCGCUGUGGUCAACACUGCUCUGGAGUGGGCCCCCAAACUGGACCUGUUUCCGUGAACUCUUUUACCCCUACACUCCAACUUAUCUGUCCUUGACUGAAUCUAGUCGGUGGGUCUGUUUCCAAGAACCCUUAAAGUAAUAAACCACAAACCCUACAGUCGAUAACACUGUCUGGAGUGUACUCUCUAAACUGAACCAGUUAACGCUCCUCCCUUUUCUUCUAGGAUGUUACUAAACAUCCUACUCUGUGUGGGGCUUUUAGGACCCCAGCUGAGGGUCCUUUUUAUGACUCAUGAAGAGCACGCAGCAGUGUAACAGCUACAGCUGCCGGUGUUCUGAAACGAAGAAUCCAUCCUGUUAUAAUGAAGAGACUGUAUUUCUAAGAACUAUUAUUGAUGGUGUCAUUAUUAAAGUUUAUUUAUAUUUGGUAUUAGGAUAAUCUGAUAUUCAGUUAUGCUCACAGAGAUUUAUGCUGAAAGCUUAGUGGACUCACUACACUUGAAACUGCUGCCAAUUAAUAGAGCUGAAGUGAAUGUAUGAGAGUGUGAGUGUGCGCAUGUGUGUGUGUUUGUGUGUGUGUGUGUGUGUGAUCGCAAUCCGUUUGUUAUCCAUUUGAUACCUGGACUGAGACCAAAUAGAGGAUUGGUAGAAUCCCCUCUUUGUAUUAUUUCCUGUUUCUUAAUUCACAGGUAUGUCAGAAGCUGUAUAGCAAUAUGGUCAUUUCACACAGGCACUUUUUAAGGUCAACAUUUUAUGUUUUUAGGUCCUUUUGUCCCGUUUUAGUUGUUUGAAUAAGCCUUUUCAGUCAGGAAAGAAAAUGUAUCUUCCUUUCUGGGAUCAAGUAUCUUCAAAACAUGUCAACAGUGGCUACACAUUUAGUUUGGCAUCAAUCAAAAUCAAAAUAUUACUGGUGUUAUAAAAGUAGAUGUUUUGUAGUCUGCUUGACACUUAAUUUUGUAUUUCAAAAGUUAAAUGUGAGGAUUAGGUCCCUGAUUGGAGUACAACUUCACCAGUCCAGGAGGUAAAAAAAAAAAUCCAGUUACAUACUCACUUAAUUGUUUGGUUGUGCAAUCUUAAAAUGUGUCUGUGUUUCAUGGCCUCAAACGACUAGUGUAUUUUGUCUGCUUCACUUUUUCAGGAGUAGAUGAUUAAUUCUCUCCUUGUCGCUCAGCAGCUGACUGACUGACUGACUGAUUGACUGACUCACUCACUCACUCAAUGCCUGGUAGCAGAAAAUGUCAGAGCUGGGAGAAAUGGCAAGUAAAAUAAAAGUGGUAGUCUUUGGGUUGGCACAAUGGGGGACCCAGUUUGCACUGAGAGCAUUAGUUAUGAAAAAUCACUUUAAAGUUAGUUUGGUAGGUGCUUUGCUCUCUCCUAUCGGAAAGGUGCUCCUGUCAGAGAAAGCACCUGAGCCUUUAAAUGAAUACUGUCCAACAUUUGUGUUUUAAACAUGACUGAACUUGAUUUGAACACACCCCUCUUAGUAAAUAGAAUUGCCCGCAGCAUAGAAUUUCAGUGGCAGUCCAGCUCAUUCCAAUGUUCCAGUCAUUUUCAUUCAGUCACACAUUUUAAAUAGGGGAUUGCAUUGCAGUGUCAGUGGUAUGGCACUCACCUGAAUACCCAAGUCUUAACAGAAAAUACUAAGCAAAUAGUUUGUCAGAGCACUUCAUUUUAAGUUGGUUAAUUUGAAAUCUUUUCGUCUUUUGCUUAAUGGAAAUCUUCACCUGCAUUGGAUGGCACAAAACCCAGUCGACUAAAAACAUAUCUUGAAAGCAACUCAAAUGAUGUAAUUCAGAAAAUUAUUUUUUUGCCACUGCGAUUAGGAACUUUACACCUUGGCAUCCCAUUCCUAUACUAUGACUGAUGGAUUUAUUGCCUUUGUAGUGAACUACUGAUUCAGCUGGUAAGACAGACAGACAGACAGACAGAUCAAAAUGAGGGUGGACUGGAACAUUUCCAGGGAUGCUCUGAGGUGCCUGAGAGAAUAGCUGUUCAGCAGUAUUGUAAUGCAACAUUUAUCUGCACUCAGUGGUUUUCAUUUAUUUUCAUUGCACUAAAUGAUUUAUCUGCCUUUUAUGUUUAUUUUGUUAUAAUAAAACUGUCAUACUAAUGUUAAGUUGUACAAGAGAAUGCUAAUAAA